AUGUUGUUUGACACGAAGGAACCCCACCGCUGGCCAGUGGCUUGGACGAGGUACCUGACGGGGCUGGUGGAGCCAGGAGCUCCUGCUACUGCCCUGCAAAGCCUGAUAAACAAAACCUUGUGCGCAGGUUUUGAAAGGAAGGUGACCGUCACCUUCUGUGAUCUGAGUAUUUUCUUGCAUACACUUCAGCUAGCCUGUAAAGCAGCUAUCCCGCUCACUGCUAUGUCCGCACCGCUGGAGGAUGCAAUGGACACCUUGAUCAAGAUUUUCCAUCACUACUCUGGCAAAGAAGGAGACAGACAGAAGCUUAGUAAAGGAGCACUCAAGGAGCUCCUCACCAGUGAGCUCACUGACUUCUUUUCGGGCCAAAAGGACCCCCUUCUGGUUGAUAAGAUUAUGAAAGAUCUGGACUAUAAAGACAAUGAAGUGGAUUUUAAUGAAUUUGUCAUUCAAGUUGCUGCUUUGACUGUAGCAUGUAAUGAUUUCUUCGAGGAAUAGCUAAAGAAAGAGGGAUUUUAA